CGGGGGCGGGAGCCCCUGGCCGCGCCAGGGGGGCUCCCGUGGGGCUGCCGGACACUGACAGCCGCGGUGCUGCUCGGCGAUGCACGCCGAAGCGACACCAAGCGCUUGGAGCAGGCGCGGUCUGCCGCUUCAGUAAGUUUGCUGUGCACUCCUGCACUCUCCGUUCUGCGCGCGCGUUUGGGCUUUUUGUCAGUUCGUUGCAGACAGAACCGUUUACACUGUGUGAUCCAACCUUCUUCAAUCUUCCUUCUCCGCUGCGCCCAUCAGCGCUUUGUCUGGCUUUGGAAUCGUUAGAAAUGGUUACGUUUGAAGAAGUCAGGAGAACGCUCGUUAGAUUAAAAAAGUGCACCCAUUGCUGGAGGUGUGCACACAGCUGCUGCCACCUCCACCAGGAACACUUUGAACAAUGUGGUUUGGCACCACGGUGUGGUUCUCUGCUGUUCUGUGCCCUGCACCUGCUGCCACAUGGCUGUGAGCGCAGCGCCGCGCUGUUGCCGUGCUGUUGCUCUUUAUAAGAAGCGGCGCGCUUUUGGUUCGUUCUUGUGCAUCGCAAUGAGUCUUUGUCUCUCAACCAGAUCCAGCCCAGAGCACUUCCUGCACGCUCCGAUUUCCAGGGAUUGUCCUGUAACCAUUCAGUGCCAUAAAUCAGAAUUGAGUUAUCAUAGUGAUUCCUGUAAAGUGUGAAUUUUUGUGGCUUUGCUCUGUUUCCCGCUGAUAGAGAACAAAGCUCUUGAAUUGCAGCUUCUGGUGGUUUAGGCUGGAGGGGUUGAUCAUUUCCUGUAUAAUUUCUUAGUCAGACCUUAACUAUGCGGCGAAGCUUUUGUCUCAGCUUCUGACUGUGCCAUGGCUUCAAGUGCAGUGUUCUGAUGGCAAUGAGAGCCCUACCUGCCCUCUGAGCCCCUCUUUUUCUAGGAGCGAGAUACUUAUUUACCUCCAUACAAUGCCACACUUGCAAGACAAUCCUUAAAAUUGUGGAGGGUGUGAAACUAAGACAUGCCCUGCUAUGCUAAAAAGGGGAUGGACAGUUCCAAGUUGAAGUGAAUCCUUGACUGUGCUUCCAAUGGAAAAGCAGCUUGUCUGGAAGAAAGAAUGUUCCUUGGUCUUAGCGCUGCAUUUCAGAGCGAGUUUCUAGCAAUAAUCUGGAGCAUGCACAAUCAGAAUAUGGAGGAUGGUCACUCCCUUUUUGAUUACAGCGUUGGACUGAAUGAUAUUGUUCAGCUCUUGGUUAGACAAAGCCCAGCAGUGCUUCCUGCUGUGAGUAAGGAGAAGGAUUCAGAGCUCUCUGACACAGACUCUGGCUGUGGCUCAGGUCAAAGUGAAUCCGACAAAAGCUCUCACAAUGGAGAAAGUGUCAUGGACCUGGAGGGACAGCCCAGCACGGCAGCACAGUCUGACUGGGCUGACCCAGGAUUUGGCCUCUAUAAGAUCAAUGACUUGGUUGAUGCUCGUGAUAUGAAUAUGGGAGCAUGGUUUGAAGCCCAGGUUGUAAAUGUAACCAGAAGAAAAGCUGCAAAUGAGAGUUGUGCAGUUGCUGAUCAGCAGACAACCGUUCCUGAAGAAGAUGUAAUAUAUCAUGUGAAAUAUGAAGAUUAUCCAGAGAAUGGAGUUGUGGAACUGAGUUCGAAUGAUGUACGGUCUCGUGCACGGACUAUCUUGAAAUGGCAUCAGCUAGAAGUAGGACAGGUGGUGAUGGUCAACUACAAUCCUGAUGAACCAACAGAGAGAGGUUUUUGGUAUGAUGCUGAGAUCCUGCAGAAAAGGGAAACAAAAUUGAUCAAGGAGAUAAAUGCGAAGAUACUACUUGGGGAGGCUGGUGAUUCUUUGAAUGACUGCAGAAUUACAUUUGUGGAUGACAUUUAUAAAAUUGAAGAACCAGGCAGUGUUUGUCCAAUUAGUGCCAGACCAUUGAAACGACAAAGUGGACCCGUGUGUAAAGCUUGUAAGGACAACCCAAACAAAACCUGCAGGAUCUGUGCUUGCCAUAUCUGUGGGGGUAAACAAGAUCCUGAUAAACAGCUCAUGUGUGAUGAGUGUGAUAUGGCUUUCCAUAUCUACUGCCUCAACCCUCCCCUUAGUAGUAUACCAGAUGACGAGGACUGGUAUUGCCCUGAAUGUCGAAAUGAUGCAAGUGAGGUGGUUCUGGCAGGAGAGAAAUUAAAAGAAAGUAAAAAGAAACAAAAGAUGGCAUCUGCUAAUUCAUCAUCACGGAGAGACUGGGGCAAGGGUAUGGCAUGUGUUGGUCGCACGAAGGAAUGUACUAUUGUACCCUCUAACCACUAUGGACCAAUUCCUGGUAUUCCAGUUGGCACCAUGUGGAAGUUCAGAGUUCAGGUGAGCGAAUCUGGUGUUCACAGGCCGCAUGUGGCUGGGAUACACGGCAGAAGUAAUGAUGGUGCUUAUUCCUUAGUUCUGGCAGGAGGCUAUGAAGAUGAUAUAGAUCACGGGAAUUCCUUCACAUAUACAGGGAGUGGAGGUCGUGAUCUUUCUGGAAACAAACGUACAGCAGAACAGUCUUGUGAUCAAAAACUCACCAAUAUGAACAGAGCUUUGGCUCUAAACUGCAGUGCUCCCAUCAAUGACAAAAAUGGAGCUGAAGCUAAGGACUGGAGAGCUGGAAAGCCAGUCCGAGUGGUGAGGAAUGUAAAAGGAGGUAAACACAGCAAAUAUGCUCCUGUAGAAGGGAACAGAUAUGAUGGCAUAUAUAAGGUAGUGAAAUACUGGCCUGAGACAGGAAAAUCUGGAUUUCUAGUGUGGCGUUACUUGCUUAGGAGAGAUGAUGAAGAACCUGCUCCUUGGACCAAAGAAGGAAAGGACAGGAUGAAGAAGCUUGGCCUAACAAUGCAGUAUCCUGAGGGAUAUUUGGAAGCCGUUGCAAACAAAGAUAAAGAAAAUAAUGGAGAUGAUGAGUUUGAUACUCCAGGGAAAGGAAAGAGGAAAAGAAAAUCAGCAGGAGCGGAAGAAAAAGUCCUUAACUCUCCUUCAGGGACUCCGAAGAAAACAAAAGUUGAGCCGUACAAAUUGACAUCUCAGCAAAAAUCUCUUAUAAGAAAUGAUGAAGCCAAUGAAAAACUGUGGAAUGAAGUACUAGAUGCUCUCAAAGAUGGACCGAAAUUUCUAAAUAAAGUUGAAGAGGCUUUCUUGUGUAUUUGCUGUCAAGAGGUUGUGUUUCGGCCAGUCACAACCGUAUGCCAACAUAAUGUGUGCAAGGAUUGUUUGGAUAGGUCCUUCAAAGCUGAUGUGUACAGUUGUCCAGCCUGCCGCUAUGACCUUGGCAAAAACUAUACCAUGCAAGUGAAUGAAACACUGCAGACCAUUCUAACUCAGCUCUUUCCUGGAUAUGGCAACGGACGGUGAUUCCAUAAAGCACUUCUAAUUUUCUUUUGCUCAAACUUAUUAAUGGAUUUUAGAUGGGCUUAAUUUAAGAAAAGAAAAAAAAAAGUAGUUGGUGUUCUCCCAGACCCUUAAAAAAAAAAAAAAAAAAAAA